AUGAUAGAUGGGCUGGGCUCUCCGUACGGUAACGUAAUAGAAUACUCUGUAGAAGUAACCGCUUGCUCGCUGGCGCCUCUCUGUUCUGAUUCGACCAUGAAGGGAACUGAGAACGGUGACACUACUCCUGACAUAACUCUUACCAAUGGGGACUCUGCACAUUCACCUCAAAAUGGAGAGGUAGGAGAGGAGGAGGAGGAGCUGCAGAAAGAAGUGGACAGAUUGCAAGAGGAGAAUAAGAUUCUCAAGAAGAAACAGCUACGAGACAAGAUAGAAGUGUUGCGAAGAGAGAAUUGCCGUUUAAGAGCUCAGAUUGAAGCUGACGAAGCUGCUGCAAAUGCGGAGCCGAGUAGCUCAACUAAUGGGAAUAGUGAGAAGAUUGCUAUAGUCCCUAUGGGAGAUGAAAUGAAGUCUCAGAGCUUCAUCUUCACAAGCUCUAACGGCGGUACUCUAUACAUAAAACCGCUGGACCUCUCAGCUGGGGACCUUGAGAAAAUGUCCCUGGACGGUAUCAUAGACUCCAUCGGAGAUAUGGACAACUCCUACACCUACGCCAUGGGAGGUUGGAGCAAGCCCAUCAGUCUCAAUAGUCUCUACAACAGAGAGAAACACACACAAACCAAUGGCUCCCAAACCCCGCCACAGUACGAAUAUAUAUCCCCUCAACCCUACCACGUUACUCCACCACAUUCCAGCAAGAGCAAGAAGAAUGCCAACAAUUUCCCGCCCCUCAACAAGUGUGGUACGAUGACCACGACGGAGGAUCUAGAGGCACGGCGAUUCGUUCAGGAGUUCAAAGCGCGCAGAGUAGCACACAAGCUGACCCAGUCUGAUAUUGGUGAGCGCUUAAACAGAUGUACUGGUGCAAGGUACGGUCAGAGCUAUAUCUCUCGGCUAGAGAGCAUGCAACUCAGCACUGCAAUUGUGCUGCGCAUGAAACCUUUGCUGAACAGACUGCUAGAUGAAACAGAGAAUGGAAUGUUCGCAGAAGGGCUGGAAAACAUGGAACUCUACCACCCUCCAACACGCAAGAAGAGCAAAAGUAACAGUGGAGGAAGCAAGUCACGCAAGUCCAAAACUCCCAACUAUCAGCGUGAGAUUGACGGUCAGGCACCCCCGCUCAAAACACCAUAUCAGAGAUCAGCAAGCGUGCCUGCGGGGAGCACGAACAUCGCUAACUGGAACUACCAAGUCCCACAUCACCACAAUCUUGGCAACAUGCCACCCACAACCUACCAGGAGCAAGGCAACAACUUCUUCAUCUCCGGCGUGCUGAGCUCCCUGAACCCUGGCGUCAUGACGACGCGCAGCGACACCGGUUCCUCCUGCAAGGUGAGCGACCCGAUGGAAGUUGCUCUAUCCCACUCCCAACUGUACAACCCCUACAGGAUGCCUGACCUUGUGGAACCCAAACACGAGGUUAUAGAGUUGAGUCCAGUGCAGCCGCGUCCACCUCACCCAUCACCUGCUGGUUUGUUGCCUGGUGACGAGAACAACAUGCAGCGUCACCAUGACAACAUGCGCCGUCCCGCGCAGCAGCAUGAUAACAUGCAUCACCAGAUGCCAACUACCACACAUUCCUUCAGUCCCAACCUACACGAGCUAACUGCCACCAUCAAGAAUGAACCCCAGAUAACCACCCUACAACCACCUCUAAAACCUGGCUGAUCGCCAGGACACGUGACCUAGUCACAUGCUCAGGACUCUGUUUCAGCUCGCUAGACUGAAAGUGAAAGUGAAAGAUAUUUACAGAGUGUUAUUACUCCCGCACCCUUUUUUUAAUCGUGGAAGGUACACAAGCUCAGGUGUGUGUAUAAGUGUGUGUGUUCACUGGCCGUACUAACACUGAUUUUAUUUUAAAAUCGUAAUAGGGGCUGCAGUGACUGUAUUGUUGAUGCGAUAUGAUGAUAAGAGCUGGUGACUGCGGCAGUAUUAUAAUGGUAUACAUUGGAACGAUGUUGUGUUGGAGUGUGUCACGUGACCGCCACCUACUGUGUAGUAUUGCACGUGACAUUAGAGAUGUGACCUUGGCAACACUGACACGGAUACAAUAUAAUCCCCCAUAAAUUAUUCUUUAUGGUCUUACUAGAUAUUUUCAAUAUAACCGUCCGAGGACGAGUCUUAUUUUCUUGAAUUUCAGUUUUGUUCGUUGAACGAUAUUAAAACUGCAGCCUUAGUGCUAAGGGUGGGCUCCGUUUUAAGUGGCUACUCCUGAAAUGGGUUAGUUAGUUUUGGGAUUCUGUUUUAGUUCGGUUUGAUCUUGCGACAAGUUAAAUAACUACAUAAUCGGUUCAAAGCAAUAUACUUUGCAGAUAUACACUUUGCAGAUAAAAUAGUUUGCAGACACAAUAUUGCACUAUUAAUCAUAAUUAUCUACAUUGCUCCUUGUACUUAAUACUAGUAAAGAAUUGACUAAAUUGUUGCUCUCGAACUGGCUUAAUCCUGGAAUCUCCAAACUGGCUAACCACAACUCGUGUGACCCAGUAAUUUUACAGCACCGUUAUUUCCUGAAAAGAGAUUAUUAUUCCGAUAUAUAUUAUCAUCGUCACGUUCAAGUGUGAUGUGUUGUGUUUAAACUUGUAACAUCUGGUUUGUGUGUUGCUUUGUCUACAACAUCAUUGAAUUGUUUUGCAUUAAUUUAUUAACAAGUUUUAAGGAAUUUUUGGUGAUCACCUUCGAGUCCAAGAUCUGAGAUCUGAAAUUUAUGUUUCCUCACUGUGACAUUGUGACAAAAUUUAGCUGGUAAUUUUGGGUAAAUACGUUGUUAAAGCAUGAGUUCCUUCAGCUCCAUCGGAUCGAUUAUUUAAAAGAUAUUUUAUAAUGGAGUGUGUGUGCAAGCUAAGUGUACGAUACACUGCAACGUAUCGCUCUUUAAUACUGCUGAUAGUGUCUAAUGAUAUGUGUGCGAGAUGAUGGCGAGUUGUUCACAUGUAGGGGGCAGAUAACAUGCACUCUUCACACUCUCCAACUACACUCAGCUUCACAACCACCGACUACACGGCCACAGCUCAUUCCGGCUACAUUAUCAUGUUCAUUCCUGCUACAUUAUCAUGUUCAUUACUACAACAUUGUCAUGUUCAUUCCUGCUACAUUAUCAUGUUCAUUCCUGCUACAUUAUCAUGUUCAUUCCUGCUACAUUAUCAUGUUCAUUCCUGCUACAUUAUCAUGUUCAUGAUCAUAUUUCUGAAGUCAUAACUACGUUAAAUUAUAAAAGUGUUUACCGGUUCGAAAACUACUUUUUGGGAUGAUCGGAGGCUUUAAAUUUGGACGUUUUGGACUCGAAGAAAGAUAGUAAGUGUUGAAAGUUAUGAAUCUGGUUAUUGGUUACAUAAUGAUAACAAGGCAGUGGGUUUCGAGGCAAUAUUGUUUCCUGAUACUUAUUACAGCCUGAUUUACUGCAGUAUUUUUAAUCCCCCGAAUGUUUUAUCAGUGGACCACUAUUUUAAAAACUAUGUGAUUGCUUGAACUUUCUUUUAAAAAUUUUAGUUAUUGAUUUAAAGAAUUUUUUAUUUUGUAGGAAAAGUGUUGAACACACCAUAUUAAUUAAGACACUUUUUAUAGCUUUAUUAAGAUGCUAUUUCUAAAGAAAUAUUUCUUUUCUGAGAAAAUUUAUUUUAUUACAAAAUGCUAAUUCGCAAGUUUGAUCACUAAUGAUAAUGUCCAUCUUAAAUUAUGGUACAGUGUUACCACCACAGUACUGCAUGCAGAUAUAUAUUGUAAUAAUACACUAUUGGAUUGGUCAACCUGACUUCAGCAGGGAAAUUAAUCUCUUGCAAAUAAAGAUAUUUUUGAAAGUUUGACCUAUCUACAAGAUGUAUUACCUCUGGAGUACGAGUUUACAUAUACAUACAAACAUUAAGAGUCACGACCUUUGAUUUUUCAAAGGAGGCCCGGUUACAGUUAUAUUCAAGUCAUUUAAUUGGCAACGGAAGUUUGGUAAUCGGGCGUAGAAUGUAAGCAAUUGCUACAACUCUUCAGCAGCUUGUUAUAUCGUGACUUGUUCCAUUUUUAGCAGCAUUCCAAUGUUAAUUUCUUUUAUA